ACAAAUCAACAGUUCAAAAUUACCAACAAACCCCCACUUCCAAACCACAAAUUCCUCUCUUGUCUCUUUCACACUCAGCGCCAAAAUCACCCAAUUAACGGUCCCUAACAACCUCUCUCUCCUCUCUACUUGCACACUGAAAAAUCUAGUAACACACGCCAUGAUCUCCAACACCUUGAAUCCACUUUCACUCUCCUUCACUACAAACCCUAACCCCCAAUUCCCCGCCAAAAUCUGCAAUUUCACUUCGCGAAAUGUUUCAUCCGACACCUCAAUUCAUACCAGCAACGAUAAUUUAAACCCUAGAUUUUGCUGCAAACAGGGGAGAGUAACUGCGAACGCUUACGCAGUCAAUGGAGGAUUUGAGAGAGCGGGGAACAGAGAAGCGGAGGAGCAGCAUCUGCAGCAGGAGAGAGAAAAUUGGGAACGGAAGGUGAAUUGUGAGGUUGAAGUGAUUUCAUGGCGAGAGCGUCAGAUUAAGGCGGAGGUUAAAGUCAAUGCCGAUGUUGAAUCAGUUUGGAAUGCUCUUACUGAUUAUGAACGGCUUGCUGAUUUUGUCCCUAAUCUUGUUUGUAGUGGAAGAAUCCCUUGUCCACAUCCUGGUAGACUAUGGUUAGAGCAAAGAGGCCUCCAAAGGGCAUUGUAUUGGCAUAUUGAGGCUCGUGUUGUUUUGGAUCUUCAAGAAUUUCCCAAAUCUUUAAAUGACCGUGAUGUUCACUUCUCCAUGGUAGAUGGAGAUUUCAAAAAAUUUGAAGGAAAAUGGUCAGUGAAAUCAAAGAGAAGAUCAUCAACAACAACACUAUCUUACGAGGUCAAUGUCAUACCAAAAUUCAAUUUUCCUGCCAUCUUUUUAGAGAGGAUUAUUCGAACAGACCUCCCUGUGAAUCUCCGAGCCUUAGCUAGCAGAGCUGAGAGCAUUUUUGCAGGGAAUCAGAAGAUUCCUAUCUCUAUUAACUCGAAAACUGAAACGUCAGUUAUUUCCGGCACCACAAGCUUGUCUGGUACUUUAAAGGAGAAGGAGACUCCUUCCAGUUCCAGCCUUGGGCCCUUGCCCCAGGCACCUUCUGAGUUGAAUAGUACCUGGGGGAUAUAUGGUAAAGUUUGUAGGAUUGAUAGACCCUGCUUGGUGGAUGAGGUUCAUCUUCGUAGAUUUGAUGGUCUAUUGGAAAACGGUGGUGUUCAUCGCUGCGUUGUUGCUAGCAUUACAGUAAAAGCUCCUGUUCGUGAAGUCUGGGAUGUUUUAACUGCUUAUGAAAGUCUUCCAGAGAUAGUUCCAAAUUUGGCAAUCAGCAAAAUUCUAUCUCGAGAUAACAACAAAGUUCGCAUCCUUCAGGAAGGAUGCAAGGGUCUAUUAUAUAUGGUACUCCAUGCACGGGUUGUCAUGAAUUUAUGUGAACAGCUCGAGCAAGAGAUUAGCUUUGAACAGGUUGAGGGGGAUUUUGACUCCUUUCACGGAAGAUGGCAGUUUGAGCAGCUUGGCAACCAUCACACACUGCUAAAAUACUCUGUGGAGUCUAAAAUGCGCCAAGAUACCUUACUAUCAGAAGCACUAAUGGAAGAGGUUAUAUAUGAAGAUCUUCCGUCAAACUUGUGUGCUAUUCGAGACUAUAUCGAGAAUAGGACGGGAACAAGUUCUGAUGAAUAUGAUGAACCAUCAGUUGAGCAGCAGAAAUAUAAAACUUGUGAAGAAGAACCUUGUGCACCAUCAAAUGAAGGCAGUAGUGAUCAGAGGACUGCGGAAAGUAAGUCAAGCAGAAUCAGUUCAAGUCCCAUAAAACAAAGGCCUAGAGUCCCUGGCUUGCAACGGGAUAUUGAAGUAUUGAAGUCUGAGAUCCUGAAAUUUGUUUGUGAGCAUGGGCAGGAAGGAUUCAUGCCCAUGCGGAAACAACUCCGUUCUAAUGGUAGGGUUGACAUUGAGAAGGCAAUCAACCGGAUGGGCGGUUUUAGGAGGAUUGCAACGUUGAUGAAUCUUUCCCUUGCUUACAAACACCGGAAACCCAAAGGUUAUUGGGACAAUCUUGAAAAUUUGCAGGAUGAGAUUCAUCGAUUUCAAAAGAACUGGGGGAUGGAUCCAUCAUAUAUGCCCAGCAGAAAAGCAUUUGAACGUGCAGGACGAUAUGACAUUGCCCGUGCCCUUGAAAAAUGGGGUGGCUUACAUGAAGUAUCCCGACUUCUAUUACUCAAAUUGAGGCACCCUAAGAGACAGCAGGCAAGUCUUUCAAGUAACAAGAAUGAUGAUGAUGCUUCAUCUGGUAGUGUAAAAGCUGAAGAAAAUACAGUAUGUAAACCUUACUUAUCUCUAGAUACUCAGGAAUGGCUUACAAAACUGAAUGAUUUAGACAUAACUUUGGUCAAAUAAAUAUAAGAAUACUACAUAUAUUUCUGGUA